GCAUGGUUCGAUGUCGUUCGGGCUCUGGCACACGACUCUCGACUGCUGCGACAACAAGCGACGUCGACCGGCAGACGACUCCUGCAGCGAUGGUGCCACUUGUAUGACGGACGAAUUGCUCAUCCAGCGAGCAUCCAAGGCAGCAGCUGUUGACGACGAUGAUCAUGAUGACAGCAAUGGCUUGGCGUGCAACUCGACGCGGCACAAACUACCAGAACACUGUACAAGCGCAAGCGCAAGCGCAAUGCAAGCGCACUGGCAAGAAAGCGGAUGCUACGUGAAAUCCACACGCAGGCUGAUGCAGGCAUGUGCCAGCAUGAGCGCCAUCUGGCUCGACGCGAUUCUCGACGGAAUGGCCGCGAGAUCGUCGCGCUCAGAAUUAGCGGAAUACCUCAAGGUCGCUUUGGACGGCACAGAUUUGCGCGAUUUCGAGACGCUGAUUGAACAACUCGUGUCGGAUCGCUUUGGUGUUCGAGACACGUCCGACGACGACGAUGAUGAUUCGCCCGUCUCGAACGACGUGGCCAUUACCAUUGAUGACGAAAUGGACGAUGGAGACAAAGUGGAGGAUUCUCCGGCGACAAGGCUGGACGAAAUGUCCCCUUCUCCGCUCGUCGACGAGAAUUCUGAUGCUCUGGCGCCGUUUGUGCGACCAACCGCUGCGGAUGCAUUGCGUACAUUGCUUUCCUUGAUUCGUCCGGCUUUGUUCACGGCACCCGAGCUUGCGUCCUUUGAUCUCUUCUUGCGCGUCAGUGGCAUCCGCCAAACACUGCUCGCAAACAUGAUCCUGGCCUCCCCAGCCGAUCGCGUGUUCCGCGCCCCGCAGCUGGCGCAAUGGACUCUUGCUCCUGACACGCCGGCGAGUGACGUGCCUCAACUGGAGCCGUCGGAAUCGUCGACAGUGCCAACGCCGCUCCUGGAUUCGCUCGCUCGCGCUCGAGCCACGGCUGACGGCGAAAUCGAGGGCCUGCAGGCCUUGGGUGUGCUAACCGUACACGCUCUAUCUCUCGGGGACACGUUGACCCCGAACGAACGUGUCGAGAUGCUGUUGGACAAGCUCGCGACGUUUGAAUUGCAAACCCUCAUCGCCAAAGUCACGCGAAUUUCGAAAGGAGGCAACCACCGUGGCUUCCUCGCGCGGUUGGAUCGGAGACAGCUGGACCAGUAUGCCAUGUCCCUCACGUCUCAGCGCACCAUCACGGGCGCCUGCAUGCUGGAGGUGGAAGCGCGCGCCAUGGUGGGCAAUUGCUACCAACUCGAGCCCACCUUUAUGCGUCAUUUUGAAAAGGCCAUUACCUCUGUGCUUUUGGACGACGAUGACGAUGGCAUUGUCAAGAUUAGCCGAUCGUUGAAGAACCUUGGGCACCUGUCAGAGUUGUUCUCGCCGCAGGAGAACUUUUCCGUCCGUCCGUCCAGCGAGCCGCUCUUUGGCGACUCUUGUGAGCUGUUGGAUGCGUAUUGUCUUGCGUUGUCGGUUGAACGGGAAUUCGAAGCGCUCCAGGGAAUGGGUGCCACUACUCGAGAAGGACCAUUUGGCACCGCUCACCCUUCUGUCGUGCAGGCCUAUCCGGCUGCUCUGAAUUGCGCUCAGGUGGCCAAAAGCCGGCUGGACCUGCUCAAGUCUGGCGCUGAGGCGUUCGUUGCCACAUACCAAUUCAUGUCGCGUUUCUCUGCAGGAGGUGUUUAUGCGCGGAUUGUUUGGCGUGCCUCGUCAAUGCUCGAUUCAAUCCGCCUGGAUGCAGUCGAGCAAGAUUGGCUUCGGCUGCUGCUGUUUCUUCCGUUCUAUCCCGAACGUCGCGGCAAGUGGUGGGCUCGGCUGGCCAUUUUGGCCGAGCGGCACAGCAAAUCGUAUUCAGUCGAAGUGUGCACUCAAGCGUUGAGCGACCCGAAUGUCGCCUGGGGCCCAAAAUUGGCCUUGCACAAGCGGUUGCAGUCGUUCGAGCGCGGGAAUCCGCCAGUGUUUUCGUCGAAACGCUUCACCAUGCCUGUUUUGCUCGAGGCACCCACGUUGACUAUUCAUGGCACUCGGAGUGAUGUCGUUAAGGGUGGAAAAAGAUUAUGGAAUGAUCCGCUAAACAGCUCGUCUCGCAGCAGUGUUGGAGUUGAGGACUUGGUGAUUCGACAACUUCUUUGCGAUGGCCAUGCCGACCAUGGCAUCCGUGCAGAGAGCAAACUGUGGCGAAUGUUGUUUGGACUGCUUUUGUGGCCCGUGCUUUUCGCCGAUGUGGAAGGCGCCUUCUCAUCCCCUUAUCAAAGUGGCCCACAUGAUCUUUACUCGACCCGAUCAUUUGCAUCUCGCCGCGCAAAAGGCCUGCGUGAUCAACUUACAGCGAUUGAGCUUGGAAAUGCCGAGUCCAUUCUUCAAGCGACGUGGGUGCGACAUGCAGAACAGCAAACCCGUUGCGUGGGUGUGUCCUGGUCUGCAUUCCGUUAUGCUCAACUGCGCGACAUUUGCGCUUGCAUGCCGCCUGUUGCUCUGGCAGCCAUUCUCCGCAGCAUGGCUGAAAACUACAAGGAAUCGUCCAGCGGCAUGCCCGACUUGGUUGUCUGGAGUCGGCCUGAAUCCUCGGCAUCCUUCAUCCGCUUCAUCGAGGUCAAGGGUCCAAACGACACCCUGUCCGAGCAGCAGCGCGUUUGGAUUGACAAACUCCUGCGACUUGGAUUGGAUGUGCAAGUCUGUCAUGUUGUUGAGGAUGUGUAACUUGUCAUAACGAUAAAGACAAAAAAAAAUCAACAACA